CGGCAACUUCCGCCAGAGAGACGGAGCAUGUCCAUUGUACGAGGUCUUCUGAAAGAGUGCCGCGAUUGUCGAGUGAUUGUUUUAUUUCGAGUCGUCACACAAGGAGAAGCACAAUCUCAACAGGAUGAAUGGGUUCAGCACAGAGGAAGACAGCCACGACGGACCGCCUGCUCCUCCGUUUUAUGGACAGAGCUGCUGUCUGAUCGAGGACGGGGAGCGAUGCGGUCGCUCAGCUGGAAACGCCUCCUUCAGUAAAAGGAUCCAGAAAAGCAUAUCGCAGAAGAAACUCAAGCUGGACAUCGACAAGAGUGUGCGACAUCUUUACAUCUGUGACUUCCAUAAGAACUUCAUCCAGAGUGUCCGCAACAAGAGGAAGAGGAAGACCAGCGAUGAUGGAGGAGAGUCCCCGGAUCAUGAUGUGGAGGUGCCUGAGGUCGACCUUUUCCAGCUGCAGGUGAACACGUUGAGACGCUACAAGCGACAUUACAAGCUGCAGACCAGGCCGGGACUUAACAAGGCCCAGCUCGCAGAGACGGUGAGUCGUCACUUCAGGAAUAUUCCGGUGAACGAGAAGGAGACGCUGACCUACUUUAUUUACAUGGUGAAGAGCAGCAAGAGCCGCUUGGACCAGAAGGGCGACGGUGGCAAACCUCUGGACUGAACCACCCUCAGGAACCACCGCAGCAGUAGCUCCAACACAAACACAGACAAACUACGGCGAUCCACCAAACAUGGACUCCACCAAACAGCAACAGCAACCAAAAUCAGCUCCUCCUGCACCCUGUCACCGCUCCUCCUCUCUAACAACCCCGACACAGACUCAUGUUGUCCUCUGAGGACGUGUAACCUUCAUGGAGGAGCAUCCAGGGAGGAAAGAGUUGACUCCAACACGCUUCAUACUCUCUCCACUAAAAACCAGGUUCCUUUAGGACUGUGAAGGACCAGGACUCACUCCGCAGAGUUUGACGUCGCCAUGCUGUAAUGUUACUGUCGAUAUGUACAAAAGAAAAGUGUCCAACCUUUGUUGAAUGAAAUGAACAAUAUGGCUGCCUUAAGAGUAAAAACACACGUUUAGGACAUCUGGGGAUUUUUCUUUUGCCGAUUUGAUUGUUAACACUUUCAGCGCGAGGGAUGCUUGUGCCAAAUAGAAACUGAAACUGAAUGAUAUCGACUGCUUUUGUUACUUUUAUAGCAAGUGAAUGAAUUGUUAGGAAGGGGCCGAUACCUUUGCUGAAGUUUAGCACGUCAGAGUCAGGAUUCAAACAAAAGCUUCAUUCUUAAUGCUAUUUAAAAUAUGUUUUCUUUGAGUCGCCGUUUUCCAGCUGGCUUUCAAAGAGUGAUGGUGGAGAAUGAUGUAGCAUUUGGCCAUGACCCGCCGUUUUCCUUCUCAUUAGCUGUUUUCUGUCUGUAUGAAUACACACGUGGAUUUAUUUCUCCAGUAGCUUAUUUUCUUUGUAGCUCACUUUUCUUUAGUUCAGCCUUAAGUUGUAAAAAUUUGUGUCUCUUUGAUUUCUCCAUCAUUUUUUGGGGGGGGGGGGGGGGGGGUCAUUUGCAUAUGUGUGUGACUGGGGGUUAUUAGUGUCAUGGUUAUAUUUAAAAGCAGCAUCCAUGUCUUGACUAUUAAUUUGAAUGUGCCAUACCAGGAUACAUUCAGAGGAGCUGAGUUUACUCAUUAAUCUGCUGUUCAGUCUUAAUUUAAGAAGUUAAUCCAUUGAAAAAGUCCUAAAUGCCUUUAAUCUAUAUUAGCCGCAAAAAAAAAACAAAAAAACAAUUGUAUUGCAGGUUUUCUAAUGAGCUCUUGAAGAUAUUCCUACAUUUUUAUGCUCAGUGGUAAAAAUCCAAACUGGUUUGGGAUGAUCUAAAUUAUUUCUUCCAAGCUGCAAAAUUGUGUUAAUCAACUUUUUGACUCCUUUAAUUAUGAUGGUGAAUUAGUGCCACUCUAAUGGAUAAAAUAAAAGAUGAUCUGUUGAUUUAUUAGAGAAAAAAAAAUUGAGGAUUUUUUUAAAGUUGUAAAAUUCUGAGAAUCCAAACAUUUUUUUAAUAUAUUGAGCCAUAAAUUUAUAAGAAAAAAUUACAAGUUUUGCCUUUAAAAGUUAUAGAUUCACUACAAGAAACCAUAACAUUUUUGCAGUUUAAAAGCUGUAAAUUUGUUUUAAAAAUAACUCAAAAUUUUCCAUUUGUGAGUUUAUGAAAAAAACUCAAAAUGUUCAAGUUUAAAUCACUGCAUAUUUAUGAAAAAAGCUCAUUUUCAAUAUUAAAUGUUCUUUAAUUAAACAACAUUCAAGUGUAAAAAGUUGUGAAUCUACAGGAAAGAUCCCAAGUUUAUGAAAAACCUAAUAUCUUUUCUUAUAAAGCUGGUUAUUUACAGAGAAAAAUGUUAAAUUUUCAAGUUUUAAUUUUUGCUAAGUUGGCAGGGAAAAAGGAAAAUUUCAAGUUUGAAGGUCAUAAAUUAACAAGAAUCAAUUCAAAAUAUUCAGGUUUAAAAAUUUGUGAAUUUACAAGAAAAAAAGUAAAUUUAGAAAUUGAAAAGGCCAUAAAUGUGUGAUUUUUUUUUGAAGGCUUUAACCUAAUGGGAAAAACAUCUAAAUGUUCAAGUCUGACAAAAAUAGAAAUAUUCAAGUUAAAAAGUGUAAAAUUUACCAGAACUGAAGCUUUUAAUUUUUGAGAUUUUAAAGUCAAAAAUAGCCCGUUGCUUAGAAGAAAAGCAUACCAGAUGAAGCUAUUUGCAUUAUUCCAGUUAAAAGCCUUAUGAAAUUGUCUUUUUGAUUGAUCAAAAAGGAAAUCCUUAUGAAUUUAGCCCAUAAUAAUCCCAUUAUUUAAACCACCAGACAAUGAAAAGACAUCGCUGUCAGCUGGAGCUAUUCAGAAAACCACACACGAACAUCAUCAACAAAAUGACUAAACUUCCCGGUGUUCUGGGUUUAUUUAUUCAUGAAUUAACAUCUUAAUGAACAUCUAAGUUUUUAGACAUUUUGAACUUUUGAACAACUUUUUUUUCAAAUCAUGUAAAUUGUAUGACUUUUUAAACUAAAAAAAUCUGAGUUUGGUUUCUCAUAAAUUUACGAUUUCAAAAUAUUCAGAUAUUCUGAUUUUGUUUUUUUGUACAUUAAUGGUUCCCUUUUUAAUUUUACUUUAGAGUGGCCCUAAUACACCUUAUUAUUUUCAUUGACAUAUUUGCUUUGUACUAAAGAAAACGAAUGAACUCACGAGGUGGUUGUAUGUCAGUUAUUGCAAAAUGUAUAUAAUGAGUGCAGCUCAAAGAGUCUAAAACCUGAACAUCUCUUAAAUUGGCAAUGAACUAGAGCUUCGACUGGCCUCGUUCUAGCAUCGUUUUGACUUCUAAAUCCUGAUAAGAAAUGUCCAUUGACCCCAGAGGUAUAAUGAAUCAUUAAAUCUAAUGAAUGUGUGUGCUAUAAACAGACUGGUACACUCUUGAACUCAGCUUCCUCCAUCACAGUGUGGAAGUUUGUCCACCACACGGACUUUGUCUCCUUUUUAACAGGGUCAUCACUAUGUUUUUGUUUUUUUUCCUUGUUUUUGUGUCUGGUAUAUUUUCAUUUUUGCUCGUAGGUUUGUUAGCGUCAUGUAGAUAAAACCCACUUUAUUAACAGAUAGGCCAUGCCACAUUAACCUUAUUGUUGUAUUAGAAAAAACAUAUUUAAAGAUGGCUGCUUAUUGCUCCUAAUGAUAAUUAUAAUAAAUGUAUUGUACAGGAA